UCAUCGCCCAAAACCGAUUGAAAAGCGAUCCUACUGUAAGCAAGUUGUUAGGAUUAAAAUCCCUGCGGACUAUAUCAAUUUUCGACCAGAUCUACAGGAUAUCCAUGGCUGAACGACCAGAAACAGUCAAAUCAUCAAUUGGUGAAAUGCGCAUGUCAUGGGCAUCCACCGCAACGGUAGAUCCCGUAUCUGGCACAACGGUAGCAGAUGGUGAUCAAAUCACAGGUGGACAGAAUCCGCACGAAGCGUUCGGUCUCACAAAAGAACUGCUGGAUGUAAUUGAAGCAGGUAGACAGACCAUUAUGAGCAGAGAACAGGUGCAGAGCCUGCCUCUGCGAUCUUACCUCGAUCAUACUAUCGUCCCGGUGCUUAUAGAGGGUCUAAAGGCGCUAGCCAAGGAACGUCCACCCAAUCCGUGUGAAUACCUGGCGGUCUAUCUGUUGAAAAACGGCGAUAAAUAGGACUAAUGUAUAGUAAUAUGGGCGAGUUGUGUUUCAUGCAAACUAGGAAUUUCGCAGCGACACGCUGGCAUUGAAUAUAUAUUUGAGACAGCGGUUAGAACCAA